GUGCAAAGUGCGGUGGAGGCUGCAAAGGCGAAGCGCUUAAACGUGAGGGAUGCCUCCACGCAGACCGUCCGAGAUCCGGAGCGGCAGGAUGGCGGCUUCGAGACCAUCUGGCGCCUGCGGCCGCGAGGCAUGGAGUCCUUCCCUCACUUCGCAAAGCCCAAGAAGGCGAAGAAGAGAGGCAAAGACGCCGAGGCUGUGGUGCUGCAGGAGGUGGAGGAUGCGCCAGCGGUGGAUCCGCGAGAUCCCAGCGAAAG